GUGUACCUACCACCUCGAUCUUUGAACAUCCCUGCAGAAGUGAGCAUUUGGCUGGAAGCUCGCAACUUUGAACAGGAAACAACGAUUGAAUGGAAAUGCGUGGACAUGCAAAGCGAAAACGGAGAUCCUGUCCCAAAGGAUUGUUUACAGCCGCCGGCGUCGCUGGCCAACGAGUCGUCGUUCCUGUCCGCGAUGACGGCCGAGGCGCUGUCGGAGGCGCAGGCCGUGCUCAUGGAGGUGACGAACGCCGUCGUGGCCGAGCACGAGUGGGUCGGCAGGCCGUCCGCCCGCGACUCGGACGCCCCCAGGUCGUCCAAGGCGAUGAGCUGCGUCCCCGUGCGCCGCCACCGCGGCAACUCGCGCUGCUCCGUCGCCGUCGCCACCGUCGACGCCGACGCCGACUCGCUCAUCAGCUCCGAGAGCAGCGAGGACGAGAUGCUCGCGCUCGCCUACGUCAGCCAGAGGACGCACUCCACCGACAGCGUUUCCGAGGUGGACGAGGGCUACUCCUUCUUGCCCGUCUUUCCCGACAAGAAGGACUUCUCCCAAUACGCCCAGCACUUGCGCAGGGUGAAACAGGCGAUCGAAGAGUGGACAUACGACGUGGCAUAUCGGCGCCACUACUUCGCCAAUAUGCCCAGUGGAAUGAACGAGUGCUACAAGCUGAUUCAAGGCGAGAACCGCCCGGAGAACGGCCGUAUGUCAGAGUCUUCAAAAACAGCGCGAAAAGCGAGACUACGAAAAGAAUCUCCAUCUGCUUGUCCGUUCGACGAAAAUACUCCGUUAUUCGCCGUGAAGAAUCUAGCUGGCGAUGAAGUCUACGAUAUGCUUCGCGGGAGAUCGUCGGAGGACACCGAAUCCAACGACAGCUCCUCCGCCUCGAAGAGGGAGCUGAACCUGUGGGAGAUCACGCAACAGGCCAUGCGGAGGUACACGCUGCUGCUCACGUUGAUGCGGGCCAACGGCGCGGUGCUGCCCCACGUGCAGCCGCAGGACCUCUUCGCAGUGGAGUUGGUGAUAGAAAUUGAAUUUGCAAACGACGAUGGCGCAGUUUCUCAAAACGACGAAUUGGUCCCAGUGGUGCGGUUUUUUGUCACCUUUCAUCGUUUUGAGAUGUAA